CGGUUCAAAAUGGUUUGGUGACUAACUCCCAUCUCCUGGGCGAUGUCACGAGAUGCCAUAUGCCGGUCUAACUCGAUGUAUUCCAUGAUUUGAUCGGUAUUUGUCGUCACAGGUCUUCCGCCGGCUGGCUUAUCCAUGGUGUCGUUUUCACCGGCUCUGAAUCGUCGAAACCAUUCCUCCGCGGUUCGAAGUGAUAGAGUACCAUCCCCCAAAACACCAUUAAUCUCACGGAACGUUUCUCUAGCGGAUUUGCCUUUAACGAAGGAAAACUUUAAAAUAGCGGGAAUUUCGGCGUUAGUGAACUCCAUGUUUACACGUCUAUAACUGUUGAACGCAAUAUCCAAACUAAUCAUGCAUAGCGUUGUUUUGUAGGUUAUGUCAAGACCUUUCAAAUUAUGUAUAGUGUUGCCAGAUACGAGCUCUGUAGCGCUUUGUACAUAGCCGCGAAAUUCAAAAGACAAAAAAGCGGGGAGAUAUUUGACAACCUUAUAUUUUAUGUCAAGACACAUAAUUCGUCGAAAAGAAACAACAUAAUCCAGCUCUAAAAUUUAUUAAUGAGGUCCUUUAUAAUGAUAGCAGAGAAAGAGAAAAGAACAAGGUACAUACAUCGAUGUGAGUUAUCCCAAUGAAACUCAUGGAACAUAUUUUCCUGGCACUACGCCAUACGGUAACAAAAAUGUAUAAAAUUGCGUCAAUACUUUCUCUAGCGCCCAUAUACCUAAUAUAAUUCAACCAUCUUUUCUAAAUUUCCGUCCGCGAUAAUAUAUAACCCAAUAAUGUCCUGUGAUAAUCACAUUAUUUCAAACACGUUUGGAAAUUACUGCACUAAUUUUACAUCCUUGCAAUUAAAAUAUUUCUGUAAACACAAUCAAAUAAUGUUAAUUUUCAAUGUUAUUGGCAACCUUUAUUUACAUUUUUCAUAUGAUGUUUAUUCUGAAGCCAGAUUUCUCUGGUAUUUUCUUGAUAGCAUGGAAGUAAAACCGAGCGGUAUUAUAAAAGCAUUGUCAAAGCAAUUGAGCUGGCUUGCAUUCUUGUAUUCUUCAUCAUACAUACAUGAGAGCAUUACAAGAGAGUUGGACUGUUUUUCUAUAUUGCUAAAUUUAUUUACUCUUGUACUGUAGUCUCAGGAGAGUUGUUUUACUUUAUUAUAGUUCGUAGAUUUUUUCUGAUUUCAUGAAAUUUUUCAUUUCGUUGCUGUGCUGCUGCUCCCAUUUUUAGUCUGAAGAGAAUUAUCGACACGACAAGUGGUGAAUUGUAAUUGUCCGUUCCACUGUGGUGAGGUGCUGCUUUCAAUUCCGACAUUAUUAGUCUUAGGCUUACUACACGCAAUAUAAAAUUGGACCUAUAAUUUCCUUCUGAAAUUUUCUAAAAAAAGCAUUAUAAGCCAACAUAAUUAACCUCAUUAUUGAAAGGUGCACUCCAUUUCAUGGUGUAGUGUAAUUUUGACCGCGCAACACAAUGGCUGAAGCCGAAGGUGGUUCCGAGCAGGAUGAUGUUUCGUUCCUGCGAACGGAAGAUAUGGUGUGUCUCUCAUGUACCGCCACUGGUGAACGCGUCUGUUUAGCAGCUGAAGGAUUUGGUAAUCGCCAUUGUUUUUUAGAAAAUAUAGCGGACAAAAAUAUUCCGCCAGAUCUAUCCCAAUGCGUUUUCGUAAUUGAGCAGGCACUAUCAGUUCGAGCAUUGCAAGAAUUAGUAACUGCGUCUGGAUCGGAAACUGGAAAGGGCACUGGAUCUGGUCACAGGACAUUGCUUUAUGGUAAUGCUAUACUUUUACGGCACCACAAUAGUGAUAUGUACCUAGCGUGCCUUUCCACUUCUUCUUCGAACGAUAAGUUGUCUUUCGACGUUGGAUUGCAAGAACAUAGCCAAGGUGAGGCUUGCUGGUGGACAGUACAUCCAGCAAGUAAACAGAGGUCUGAAGGCGAGAAAGUACGAGUGGGUGAUGAUCUGAUUUUAGUCUCCGUAGCCACCGAACGAUAUUUGCACACCACUAAAGAAAACGAACAGUCAAUUGUUAACGCCAGUUUUCAUGUAACGCACUGGUCGGUGCAACCUUAUGGUACUGGCAUAUCACGAGUUAAAUAUGUUGGAUAUGUGUUUGGCGGUGAUGUUUUACGAUUUUUUCAUGGCGGUGAUGAAUGUUUAACUAUACCAAGUACAUGGGGUCGUGAACCUGGCCAGAACAUUGUUGUGUAUGAGGGUGGCUCAGUAAUGUCGCAAGCUCGAUCGUUGUGGCGUCUGGAAUUGGCACGCACUAAAUGGACUGGUGGCUUUAUUAACUGGUAUCAUCCAAUGCGCAUACGUCAUAUUACCACUGGAAGAUAUCUUGGGGUGAACGAAAAUAACGAAUUAGUUUUGGUGAAAAAAGAGGAAGCUUCUAUUGCAUCAACGACUUUCUGCUUAAGGCAAGAAAAAGACGACGAGAAAAAAGUACUGGAGGAUAAAGAUCUAGAAGUAAUCGGUGUACCUAUCAUUAAAUAUGGCGAUACGACUGUUAUUGUGCAGCACUGUGAGUCCAGCCUGUGGCUUAGCUACAAAAGCUAUGAAACUAAGAAAAAGGGUGUCGGCAAAGUGGAAGAAAAGCAGGCAAUCCUUCAUGAAGAGGGAAAAAUGGACGAUUGUUUGGACUUUUCACGAUCUCAAGAAGAGGAAUCCAAAACUGCCCGUGUUAUUCGAAAAUGCAGUAGUCUUUUUACACAAUUCAUCAAUGCUUUGGAAACACUACAAUCCAAUCGACGACAUUCAAUAUUCUUUCAACAAGUAAAUUUAAACGAAAUGGUCAUGUGCCUUGAGGAUUUAAUAAAUUACUUUUCGCAACCUGAAGAUGACAUGGAACACGAAGAAAAGCAAAAUCGUUUUCGAGCACUCCGAAAUCGGCAGGAUCUCUUUCAAGAAGAAGGUGUUCUAAAUCUAAUAUUGGAGGCUAUUGAUAAAAUUAAUGUUAUCACUUCACAAGGAUUUUUAGCCAGUUAUUUGGCAGGUGAUGAGACUGGUCAAAGUUGGGACCUAAUAUCGACUUACCUUUAUCAACUUUUGGCCGCAAUAAUAAAAGGGAACCAUACUAAUUGUGCUCAGUUUGCCAACAGUAACCGUCUAAAUUGGCUAUUUUCACGAUUAGGCUCACAAGCAUCUAGUGAAGGAUCCGGCAUGUUGGAUGUAUUGCACUGUGUUUUAAUUGACUCCCCGGAAGCACUAAAUAUGAUGCGCGAUGAACAUAUUAAAGUAAUAAUUUCAUUACUUGAAAAACAUGGGCGAGACCCGAAAGUUCUUGAUGUACUAUGUUCACUGUGCGUAGGCAAUGGAGUGGCGGUUAGAUCAUCCCAAAAUAAUAUUUGCGAUUUUCUGUUGCCUGGAAAAAAUUUAUUACUGCAAACACAACUUGUAGAUCACGUCGCCAGCAUACGUCCAAAUAUUUUUGUUGGUCAAGUAGAUGGAUCUGCGAUGUACCAAAAGUGGUACUUCGAAGUCACUAUGGAUCAUAUUGAACAAACUACUCACAUGAUGCCACAUUUGAGAAUAGGAUGGGCCAAUACCUCUGGCUAUGUUCCAUAUCCAGGUGGUGGAAAAAAGUGGGGAGGAAACGGUGCCGGUGAUGAUCUUUAUUCCUUCGGUUUUGACGGCGCCCAUUUAUGGACGGGUGGUCGACGAACUUUGGUUGUUAACAACUUACCACAAGAACCAUAUAUUCGAAAAGGAGAUGUUAUCGGCGUUACUAUCGAUCUUUCAAUACCUAUUAUUACUUUUUCUUUUAACGGUAGCAAGGUUCUCGGAUGUUUCAGGGAUUUUAAUUUGGAUGGAAUGUUCUUCCCUGUAAUGAGUUGUUCUUCAAAGUUGAGUUGUCGCUUUCUUUUUGGUGGAGACCACGGCCGUCUUAAAUUUGCUCCACCUCUGGGUUUCUCCCCACUGGUUCAGUGUUUGAUGCCACAUCAAAAUCUAAGUUUGGAUCCUUGUUUUUACUAUGGAAACUUAAACAAAAAUGUUUUAGCUGGACCGUGGCUAAUCGAAGAUGACACUGCAUUUGUACCUAACCCUGUUGAUACUUCUGGAGUCUUACUUCCUUCCUCUGUGGAUCACAUAAAGGAAAAGCUGGCAGAAAACAUCCAUGAAAUGUGGGCACUAAACAAAAUAGAAGCAGGCUGGUCCUGGGGUGAGCACAGAGAUGACUACCAACGAAUACAUCCAUGUCUUACGCAAUUUGAAAAACUACCUUUACCAGAGCGUCGCUACGAUAGUCAACUGGCGGUGCAAACACUUAAGACCAUAUUAGCUCUUGGAUAUUAUAUUACUAUGGAUAAGCCGCCUGCGCGUAUUCGUCCUAUUCGAUUACCAAAUGAAAUUUUUAUGCAGGCUAAUGGCUACAAACCUGCUCCCUUAGACCUCAAUGCAGUCACUCUAUCUCCAAAAUUGGAGGAACUAGUAGACCAGUUGGCUGAAAAUACACAUAAUUUAUGGGCUCGUGAGCGAAUCCAACAAGGUUGGACUUAUGGACUCAAUGAAGACUCCGAAAAUCACCGCAGCCCACACUUGGUGCCUUACUCAAAAGUGGAUGAGGCAAUUAAAAAAGCGAAUCGUGAUACCGCUUCUGAAACAGUACGUACUCUCUUGGUAUAUGGAUAUAUAUUAGAUCCACCAACUGGUGAAGGCAAUGAGGGAUUACUAGCCGAAGCGCAACGAUUAAAAUUUGCUGCAUUUCGCACGUAUCGCGUCGAACGUAAUUAUGCUGUGACAUCUGGAAAAUGGUAUUUUGAGUUUGAAGUUCUUACUGCUGGUCCAAUGCGUGUAGGAUGGGCUAGAGCAGACUGUCAUCCAGGGAUCAUGUUGGGCAGCGACGACUCCAGUUGGGCUUUUGACGGACAUAACGAAGAAAAAAUUGCUGGAGGUACCUGCGAAUCAUUUGGUAAACAAUGCGGGCAUGGCGAUAUUGUAGGCGUGUUCUUAGAUCUCGCCGAUCACACAAUCAGUUUUUCACUUAAUGGAGAACUUCUUAUGGACGCUUUAGGCGGUGAAACAACUUUUGCAGAGGUGUCUGCUGAAGGAGUGGGAUUUGUACCUGCUUGCACUUUAGGUGUGGGACAAAAAGCACGUUUAAUAUACGGGCAAGAUGUCGACUCGUUGAAGUUUUUUACUACAUGUGGACUCCAGGAGGGCUAUGAACCGUUUUGUGUUAAUAUGCGUCGCCCGGUAACUCAUUGGUACACCAAAGAUCAACCAAUUUUUGAAAACACUGAAGAAAUGCCUGACUGUCGAAUAGAUGUUACACGUAUCCCAGGGGGGGCAGAUACCCCUCCACAUUUGAAGAUAUCUCAUAAUACGUUUGAGACUAUGGAAAAGGCUAAUUGGGAAUUUUUACGACUUUCUCUACCUGUUACUUGCAUGAGUCAAUUUAUAAAUGAGUUAGAAAAGUCUCAUCGAUGGGAAGAAAUUAAAAUACGACAGUAUCGACUACAACGCGAAGCUCAAGACUUAGCUAUUCAACAACAACAAGCUGCUGCCAAUGUAGAUCAUAUGUUGAAAGGUGGCUUCACCAUGAGUGACAUUAAAGGUCUUCAUCAAAAUUUUGAGGACGCGGUGGAAUCAGAUGAACAAUUGUCACGCAUUCCUGCAAGACCCCCUCGUCGAAAUUCCUUGACACGUAAUAUAACUUUCGAGUCAGACGUGACGAGCGAUACGCGAGGAUCUGCUGCGUUUGAUAUGGUAAACGGUAUCAAUGGAUUAAAUGGUACUGACGAAGGAAUUGACGAUAAAAAAAAACGUGGUCGAAGCCCUUUCAAAUUUUUCUCCAAAAAAACGCGGGAUCAAAGUAAAGAUAAAACAGGUGGCACAUUCCAAGAACCAUCACUAGAACGUAGAAAUACGGUUGCUCAUGGUCGCAAUGUUGUAAAUGCUCAAUUGUCUACAAAAACACCAACUCUACGCUUGAAUAAUGCUGAUAUGCCGAUUCAACAAGGCCCUAAGCAGCUGACCUCUACCACUUUGGGGCAACCAACUAUCGAAUCAGCUGGCAACGAAUUAUUUGACACUGAAUGUCUGAAGUUGAUCAAUGAAUAUUUUUACGGCGUUCGGAUAUUUCCUGGACAAGAUCCAACACAUGUCUAUGUCGGUUGGGUUACAACACAAUAUCAUCUUCACAGUAAGGAGUUCAACAAAUCAAAAGUACGAUGCGUUUCCGUUGUUAUUGAAGACGAAUAUGAAGUUAUUAGGGAUCGUAUUGAUAGACAGAGUUGUUACGUUGUAAGAGCUGAUGAACUUUUUAAUGAAGUAACGCAAGAUUCUUCAGGAAAAGGCGCCUCUCAGGGAAUGUUUAUUGGGUGUUUUGUGGACACCUCGACUGGUAUUAUUCGUUUUACAUGUGAGGGGAAAGAGACAACUCACCGCUGGAUGAUGGAACCAGACACAAAGCUUUUUCCAGCAAUAUUUGUGGAGGCAACUAGUAAAGAAAUUUUACAGAUUGAACUGGGCCGAACAUCUACAACUUUACCUCUUUCUGCUGCUGUCCUUCCUACAAGCGAUAAACAUAUUAAUCCUCAGUCUCCUCCUCGCCUUAAGGUACAGUGUCUCCGGCCUCAUCAAUGGGCACGUGUUCCAAAUACAGCUCUGCAAGUACAUGCUCUCAAACUUUCCGAUAUACGUGGUUGGUCUAUGCUGUGCGAAGAUCCAGUGUCAAUGCUUGCCCUUCACAUACCCGAAGAAGAUCGCUGCAUUGACAUUUUGGAGUUAAUAGAGAUGGACAAAUUAUUAUCAUUUCAUGCUCAUACCCUUACAUUAUAUGCUGCACUUUGUUACCAGUCAAACUAUCGUGCUGCUCAUGCUCUUUGUCAGCAUGUUGAUCAAAAGCAGCUUCUUUACGCAAUAAGGUCGGAAUACAUGAGCGGACCUCUUCGACAAGGAUUUUACGACCUAUUAAUUGCUCUUCAUUUGGAGUCACAUGCCACUACCAUGGAAGUAUGUAAGAAUGAAUACAUAAUUCCACUCGGAACUGAGCUAAAAGAAUUGUACAGCGAUGAUGAAAUGUGCCACUCGUUGCGCUCACUCAUAACAGAGUCGGUGCGUCCCCAAAUGCGAAUGACAGAUAUUACUGAACCAAUACCAAACAUCGAUCAGCUGUAUUCUCCGAAAUUUCCACUUGAAGUAGUAAGAGAGUUUGUAAUGGAGGCAUUGAAAGAAGCAGUUGAAGUCAAUCAAGUUCACAACCGUGAUCCAAUUGGUUGGACUAAUGAGAAUCUAUUCCUCCCACUUCUUAAACUUACUGAUCGAUUAUUAUUAGUUGGCGUUCUUACGGAUGUAGAUGUACAAAAGCUACUCAUAAUGAUUGAUCCUGAAACAUGGGAUAUCACAUUCGAAAAAGACGGCAAAGAUGAACAUCGUAAAGGACUUUUGACUAUGAAAAUGGCCGAAGGAGCUAAGCUUCAAAUGUGUUACCUUCUUCACCACCUUUACGACAUACAGCUGCGGCAUAGGGUUGAAAGUAUCAUAUCAUUUUCUCAUGAUUUUGUUGGUGAUUUGCAAGGCGAUCAGCUCCGGCGAUACAUUGAAAUAAAACAGUCGGACCUUCCAAGUGCCGUGGCCGCAAAAAAAACUAAAGAGUUUCGUUGUCCCCCUCGAGAGCAGAUGAAUCAAAUACUGUGUUUUAAAAAUCUUGAGUCUGAUGAUCAAGAAAAUUGUACUUGUGGCUUAGAUUUGAGAAGUCGAUUGUAUGAUUUUCAUGAUAGCCUUAUGAAAAAGGUAUCUCUUAAUGCGCUGCAUGAACCCGAUGAAGUCGAUUGUAAUGCAAUAGAAGAAGUGAAAGCGGGACCAGUUACAAAAAUUUAUAAUUUUAUAAAUGCUGUUAAAGAACUUGAGGAAGGACCUAAAGAAAUUGAGGAACCAGAGAAGAAAACUCCAGAAGAAGUUUUUCGAAAAGUAUUAAUAAAAACUAUAGUCAGUUGGGCUGAAGAAUCGCAAAUAGAAAACCCGAAGCUUGUGCGUGAGAUGUUCAGUUUGUUAGUCCGCCAAUAUGAUACUGUGGGGGAACUGGUACGAGCACUUGGUAAAACCUACGUUAUUAAUAACAGAGCUAGGGAUGACGUAGCUGAGAUGUGGGUUGGCUUAAGUCAAAUUCGCGCUUUACUUCCGGUACAAAUGAGUCAAGAAGAGGAGGAGCUUAUGAGGAAACGCCUUUGGAAAUUGGUAAAUAAUGCUACAUUCUUCCAACACCCUGACCUUAUACGAAUAUUAAGAAUCCACGAGAACGUAAUGGCAGUUAUGAUGAAUACACUAGGAAGACGUGCUCAAGCACAAAGUGACGCACCCCCACAGACAGAAGGGGUAGAAGGCGCACCCCCAAAAGAAAAAGACACAUCUCAUGAAAUGGUGGUCGGAAGCUGCCGCUUCCUUUGUUACUUUUGUCGUACAGGUCGUCAAAAUCAGAAGGCCAUGUUUGAUCAUUUUGACUUCUUAUUAGACAACGCAAAUAUUCUACUGGCAAGACCAAGCUUACGAGGUUCAACCCCAUUAGAUGUGGCAUAUUCAAGCUUGAUGGAAAAUACAGAAUUGGCUCUAGCACUAAGGGAGCAUUAUUUAGAAAAGAUUGCUGUUUAUUUGUCACGAUGUGGAUUACAAAGCAAUUCGGAACUAGUUGAAAAAGGCUAUCCAGACUUGGGAUGGGAUCCAGUGGAAGGUGAACGUUAUUUAGAUUUCCUUAGAUAUUGUGUAUGGGUAAACGGGGAAAGCGUCGAAGAAAACGCAAACCUUGUCAUUCGUCUUCUUAUCCGCCGUCCAGAAUGUUUAGGACCGGCUCUAAGAGGAGAAGGGGAAGGCUUAUUCCGCGCAAUAGUGGAAGCUAACCGAAUGUCAGAGCGUAUUUCUGAUAGAUGCAACAUGCAAAAUGAGGCGGAAGGAACUAUUGCUGGUUUAAACUUCACACAUCCAUUACCUGAAGGAGACGAGGAUGAAGACUACAUAGAUACUGGUGCAGCGAUUCUAAAUUUUUAUUGUACGCUUGUUGAUCUUCUUGGAAGAUGUGCUCCAGAUGCUUCCGUCAUUGAACAAGGAAAAAAUGAAUCGCUUAGAGCUAGAGCUAUUUUGAGAUCAUUGGUCCCACUGGAAGAUCUUCAAGGUGUUCUCAGUUUAAAAUUCACAUUGACACAAACACCACCAGGAGAAGAGAGACCGAAAUCAGAUAUGCCGUCCGGGCUUCUACCGAACAAUAAACAAAGCAUUGUUCUAUUUUUGGAACGAGUGUAUGGUAUAGAAACUCAAGAUUUAUUCUACCGUUUACUGGAAGAUGCAUUUUUACCUGAUUUAAGAACAGCCACUAUUCUUGAUAAGAGUGAUGGUUCGGAAAGUGAUAUGGCCCUUUCCAUGAAUCGUUAUAUUGGUAAUUCUAUACUGCCAUUACUUAUAAAACAUUCGAAAUUUUACAAUGAAGCGGAAAACUAUGCCAGCCUUUUGGAUGCAACCUUGCACACGGUAUAUCGACUGUCAAAGAAUCGUAUGCUAACAAAGGGCCAGAGAGAGGCUGUAUCGGAUUUCUUGGUGGCGCUUACAUCCCAGAUGCAACCUGCCAUGUUAUUGAAACUAUUACGCAAGUUGACUGUGGAUGUCUCCAAACUAUCUGAAUAUACUACCGUGGCUUUAAGACUACUCACUCUUCACUUUGAUCGUUGUGCAAAAUAUUACGGUUCAUCUCAAGGUCAAGGGUCAUAUGGGGCAUCGUCUGAUGAAGAAAAACGACUGACGAUGCUUCUAUUCUCAAAUAUUUUCGAUUCGCUCAGUAAUAUGGAUUAUGACCCGGAGUUAUUUGGAAAAGCAUUACCUUGUUUAAUUGCUAUUGGAUGUGCAUUGCCGCCUGAUUACAGUUUAUCGAAAAAUACUGAUGAAGACUAUUAUGGUCGGCAAUCGGGAGCUCCAGAUCAGCCACAAUAUGAUCCCCAACCUAUUGACACAGAGCAAGUACAAUUAAACAAUGACCUCGAAACACUGGUGCAAAAAUUUAGUGAACAUUACCAUGAUGCCUGGGCAAGUCGACGUUUAGAAAAUGGAUGGUCGUAUGGUGAAAUACGUUCGGAUAAUGAUCGAAAACAUCCUCGCCUGAAGCCUUACAACAUGUUAAGUGAUUACGAACGUGAACGUUAUCGAGAUCCAGUAAGAGAAUGUCUGAAAGCCUUAGUUUCUAUUGGUUGGCGCAUUGAACAGUCAGAUAUUGAUGUUCCCCUCAAUCAUCGCGGAUCAACUCGUCGUCAAUCCAAACCACAAAUCAGUGAAAGCAGUCCAUUCAACUAUAACCCACAUCCGGUAGAUAUGACAAAUCUAACCCUAAGUAGAGAAAUGCAAAAUAUGGCAGAACGUUUGGCUGAGAACUCUCAUGACAUAUGGGCAAAGAAGAAGAAAGAAGAGCUUAACUCCUGCGGCGGUGUUAUACAUCCUCAACUGGUUCCUUAUGACUUAUUAACAGAUAAGGAAAAACGUAAAGACCGUGAACGAUCACAAGAGUUCUUAAAGUAUAUGCAAUAUCAAGGCUACAAAUUACACAAGCCCUCUAAAGGUGGAGUUACAGAAGGGGAAGGAGGAGCCACACAAGCAGCAGUGGAACUUCGAUUUUCAUAUUCUCUACUAGAAAAAUUAAUUCAAUAUUUGGAUCGUGCUACUAUUAAUAUGAAGCUACUUAAGCCAUCAACCACAUUUAGCCGACGCUCAUCAUUCAAAACGGCUUCGCGUGACAUAAAAUUCUUCUCAAAAGUUGUACUUCCAUUAAUGGAAAAAUAUUUUUCUACACACCGUAACUAUUUUGUUGCAAUGGCAACGGCAACAAACAUCACAGGUGCAGCUUCUCUGAAGGAAAAAGAAAUGGUGGCAUCUAUAUUUUGUAAAUUGGCAUCACUUCUUCGUAAUCGCCUCACUGCCUUUGGACCAGAUGUGCGAAUCACAGUGCGGUGUCUUCAAGUAUUAGUAAAGGGUAUAGAUGCUAAAACACUAGUAAAAAAUUGUCCAGAGUUUAUAAGAACAUCAAUGCUAACAUUUUUUAAUCAAACUGCUGAUGAUCUGGGUAAUACGAUUCUUAAUUUACAAGAGGGCAAGUAUAGUCAUCUUCGUGGCACACAUUUGAAAACAUCUACUUCGUUAAGCUAUGUAAAUCAAGUAGUACUGCCAGCAUUAACUGCUAUGUUUGAUCAUUUAGCUGCUUGCGAUUAUGGUAGUGAUCUUCUAUUAGACGAAAUACAAGUGGCUUCAUACAAAAUAUUAGCAGCAUUGUAUCACCUAGGAACCGAUGGAACACUCACACAUGAACGAAAAUAUUUGAAAACCGAAAUUGAGCGGCAUCGGCCCACAUUAGGCUCGUGCUUGGGUGCAUUCAGUUCUUGUUUCCCAGUCGCUUUCUUAGAACCACAUCUAAAUAAGCAUAACCAAUAUUCACUACUUAAUCGCAUUGCAGACCACUCAUUAGAAGCUCAAGAUAUUAUGGUGCGUAUGGAAAGCUGCAUGCCAAAUUUAGAAAGUAUUCUGGGAGAAGUCGAUAUCUUUGUUGAAUCAGAAAAAACAUACAUUGAUGCACCGCAUAUAAUAGACGUUAUUUUACCUUUACUAUGCUCCUAUCUUCCGUUUUGGUGGGCACAGGGUCCGGAUAAUGUUAGUCCCACGAGUGGUAAUCACGUGACCAUGGUAACAGCAGAUCAUAUGAACUCACUUCUCCGUAACGUUUUGAAAAUGAUUAAAAAGAAUAUUGGAAAUGAUAAUGCCCCUUGGAUGACGAGGAUCGCUGCAUACACUCAACAAAUAAUUAUUAACACUUCUGAAGAGUUGCUAAAAGAUCCGUUUUUGCCACUCGCCGAGCGUGUGAAAAAACGUACAGAAAAUAUGUUUCAUAAGGAAGAGAGUAUGCGUGGUUUUAUUAAAUCGGCCACAGAUGACACUUCUCAAGUUGAAACUCAGUUACAAGAAGACUGGCAACUUCUUGUUCGGGACAUUUAUUCAUUUUAUCCACUUUUAAUCAAAUAUGUUGAUCUGCAACGUAAUCACUGGCUUAAAGACAAUAUCCCCGAAGCGGAAGAUUUAUAUAAUCAUGUAGCUGAAAUCUUUAACAUAUGGUCAAAGAGUCAAUACUUUCUUAAAGAAGAACAAAACUUUAUUUCGACCAAUGAAAUUGACAAUAUGGCGCUUAUUAUGCCUACGGCUACAAGGCGAUCAGCAAUUACUGAAGGUGCACCCGUAACGGGUGGUAAAGUUAAGAAGAAGAAAAAGAACAGAGAUAAAAAGAGAGACAAAGAUAAAGAAGUACAAGCUAGUCUAAUGGUAGCUUGUCUGAAGCGUUUGCUUCCAGUUGGCUUAAAUCUGUUUGCUGGGAGAGAACAGGAGCUUGUACAACAUUGCAAAGAUCGCUACUUGAAAAAAAUGCAGGAAUAUGAUGUCAUAGAAUUUGCUCGAAAUCAGUUGACACUUCCUGACAAAUUAGAUCCUUCAGAUGAAAUGUCAUGGCAGCACUAUUUGUAUUCAAAGUUGGGAAAAAGGGAGGAACUCGCAGAUGAACAGGCAUUGGAGAAACUUUCAAAUCAAAAUGAUAAGGGCAAGGACAAGACGCAAGAAACUGUUGACCGUAUAGUAGCCAUGGCCAAAGUUCUUUUCGGUUUGCAUAUGAUUGACCAUCCCCAACAACAAAGCAAGAACGUCUACAGGAGUGUUGUAUCCAUACAAAGGAAACGUGCUGUUAUCGCAUGUUUCCGUCAAACAUCUCUACAUUCUCUACCCAGACAUCGAGCCUGCAACAUUUUUGCCAGAUCCUACUACGAGCAAUGGCUUCAAGAAGAAAACGUGGGUCAAGAGAUAAUGAUUGAAGACUUGACUCAAACGUUUGAGGAAUCGGAGAAAUCCAAGAAAGAAGAAGAAGAGUCUGAAGGUAAGCCAGAUCCGCUCACACAACUAGUUACUACUUUCUGUCGCGGAGCGAUGACCGAACGAAGCGGAGCUUUGCAAGAAGAUUUACUUUAUAUGUCAUACGCACAAAUCGCUGCAAAGUCCUGUGGAGAGGAAGAAGAAGAAGGGGGCGAUGAAGAGGGAGGGGGAGAGGGUAAAGAGGAAGGAGCUAGCAUACAUGAACAAGAAAUGGAAAAACAAAAACUCCUCUUCCAUCAAGCGCGACUCUCAAAUCGUGGCGUUGCGGAAAUGGUGCUGCUUCAUAUAUCCGCUUCAAAAGGUGUCCCCUCUGAAAUGGUUAUGACAACAUUAAAUUUGGGUAUAGCAAUACUCCGUGGUGGUAAUAUAGACAUUCAAAUGGGAAUGUUGAAUCAUCUGAAGGAGAAAAAAGAUGUGGGUUUCUUUACAUCAAUUGCAGGUCUUAUGAAUUCUUGUAGUGUACUAGAUUUGGAUGCAUUUGAACGCAAUACAAAGGCGGAAGGUCUUGGUGUAGGUUCGGAAGGAGCCGCUGGCGAGAAAAACAUGCAUGAUGCUGAGUUUACUUGUGCAUUAUUUCGAUUCAUUCAAUUGACUUGCGAAGGGCACAACCUAGAUUGGCAGAACUACUUGCGUACGCAGGCGGGCAACACAACCACAGUCAACGUGGUAAUAUGUACUGUUGAUUACUUACUACGUCUACAAGAAUCCAUAAUGGACUUCUAUUGGCACUACUCUAGUAAGGAGAUCAUAGAUCCGGCAGGAAAGGCUAACUUCUUCAAAGCGAUCGGUGUGGCAAGUCAAGUAUUUAAUACAUUGACUGAGGUCAUUCAAGGUCCAUGUACAUUAAAUCAACAAGCUUUAGCACAUUCUCGUUUAUGGGACGCUGUUGGUGGUUUCCUUUUUCUUUUCUCACAUAUGCAAGACAAGUUGUCAAAACAUUCUAGCCAAGUGGACUUAUUGAAAGAGCUGCUCAAUUUGCAGAAAGACAUGAUUACUAUGAUGCUUUCUAUGCUCGAAGGAAACGUUGUUAAUGGUACAAUUGGAAAACAAAUGGUGGACACACUGGUCGAGUCAGCUGGCAACGUAGAACUAAUUCUAAAAUAUUUCGAUAUGUUUUUAAAAUUGAAAGAUUUGAUUGAAUCUCCAAGCUUUGCGGAAAUCGAUAUAAAAAAUGAGGGCUGGGUGACUCCAAAAGAUUUUAGGGACAAAAUGGAACAAUCUAAGAAUUACACUCCAGAUGAAAUGGACUUUCUUUUGGCUUGCUGUGAACGUAACCACGAAGGCAAAAUUGACUAUGGCGAUUUCGUUGAUCGUUUUCAUGAGCCAUCAAAAGAAAUCGGUUUUAAUUUAGCCGUAUUGUUGACGAAUCUGAGUGAGCAUAUGCCGAAUGAGCCUCGUUUAGCCCGAUUCUUGGAGACAGCUGGAUCGGUGCUGAAUUAUUUUGAACCUUUCCUUGGUCGUAUUGAGAUUUUGGGUAGCUCCAAACGUAUUGAGCGCGUAUAUUUUGAAAUAAAAGACUCAAAUAUUGAACAAUGGGAAAAGCCACAAAUUAAAGAAUCCAAGAGGGCAUUCUUCUAUUCAAUAGUCACUGAAGGUGGAGACAAAGAAAAAUUAGAAGCUUUCGUUAAUUUCUGUGAAGAUGCUAUCUUUGAAAUGACUCACGCUUCAGGCUUAAUGGCAACUGACGAUGGUGGUGGUAAUGUUAAGCGGGAUACUGCCUACAGUUCCUAUAUGAGCGAAGAAGAGGAGGAACGUGCCGCACGGGAUCCUAUACGGCGGACCAUGCAAGCUAUCAAGGAUGGCCUUAGAUUCAUAGUGCAUAUCUUAAGUCCAUCAAAUAUAAAACAUCAAAUUGGGAUAAUGCAAACCAAGUCGGUAGCAGAACUAAUUAUUGGAUUCUUCAAAAUGAUAUUUUAUAUAUUUUUUUAUACUGGCUACGGCAAUUUCUGUGUCGUUCGUUACAUUUUCGGAAUUCUAAUGAAUCUAAUGCGUGGACCAGCACCAGAAGAAGUCGAAGCUCCACCAGUCGAGGAGGAAACAUUUGGUAAGAUGUUGCCACCAUCACCUAUUGAAGAACCACCGGGACCAGUGCAAGCCUUUGGACUUGAAUUUAACAAAGAAGAAAAUGGCCAGUUCAAAGUAACAGUUCGUGAAUCGUCUGGUGGUAGUGGUAACUCGUCAUUAGAAGAAACGAGUGAAUCAAGUCAAGAAGAGGGAGGAACAGCCGCUGAUCAAGCGGUAGAGAAUGAACCGUAUCAACUUCAAGAACCAAUAUCAAUCGUUGACUUACUAGGUGGAGAAGCUGCCAAGAAAGCAGCACAAGAACGACAAGAGGCGCAAAAGGCCCAAGAAGCGGCUAUGGCUUCAAUUGAAGCCGAAGCUAAGAAAAAAUCGUCAGCAACUGCUCAAGAAACGCCAGCGGUUAAUCAAAUUGACUUUGCUCAGUACGCACAUCGUGCCGUUAGUUUCCUUGCACGCAAUUUUUAUAACCUUAAAUAUGUUGCAUUGGUGUUAGCUUUUAGUAUUAAUUUUAUGUUACUCUUCUAUAAAGUAACAUCUUUUGGCGAUGAUGGAGAGGCUUCAGGUGACGAUGAACUUAUUCUUGGUUCUGGAUCUGGUGGUAGUCUAACAGCAUCCGGAUUUGGUGGCGGUUCGGGAGAUUAUUCUGGGGAUGGUGCAGGCGACGAAGAAGACUUACCAGAACUUGUACAUGUUGACGAAGAUUUCUUCUAUAUGGCUCACGUCAUACGCAUAGCUGCUUUUUUACAUAGUUUAGUCUCCCUCGCAAUGCUAAUAGCAUACUACCAUUUAAAAGUGCCUUUAGCCAUUUUCAAGAGAGAGAAAGAAAUAGCUCGUCGAUUGGAAUUUGAUGGUCUCUUCAUUGCAGAUCAACCGGAAGAUGAUGAUUUUAAAUCACACUGGGACAAAUUAGUGAUAUCUGCUAAGUCAUUUCCCGUUAACUAUUGGGACAAGUUUGUGAAAAAGAAGGUGAGACAGAAGUACAGCGAAACAUAUGACUUCGAUUCAAUAUCGAAUCUACUUGGAAUGGAGAAAAGUGCUUUCAUGGCGCAAGAGAGUGAGGAAGGUGGUUUGGUGAAGUACAUAAUGAAUAUAGAUUGGCGUUAUCAAGUAUGGAAAGCAGGGGUUACAUUUACCGAUAACGCUUUCCUAUACUCGCUGUGGUAUUUCUCAUUCUCAGUGAUGGGCAACUUCAAUAACUUUUUCUUCGCAGCCCAUUUACUCGAUGUAGCCGUUGGAUUUAAAACGCUUCGCACCAUUUUACAAUCGGUCACUCAUAACGGAAAACAACUUGUUCUUACUGUAAUGCUCCUAACAAUUGUAGUAUACAUUUAUACAGUAAUAGCUUUCAACUUCUUCCGCAAAUUUUACAUACAAGAAGAAGAUGAAGAGGUAGAUAAAAAAUGUCAUGAUAUGCUGACUUGUUUUGUAUUCCACUUAUAUAAAGGAGUGCGAGCCGGAGGAGGAAUUGGUGAUGAAAUUGGAGAUCCCGACGGAGAUGACUACGAAGUUUAUCGUAUUAUUUUUGACAUCACAUUCUUCUUUUUCGUUAUUAUUAUACUUCUAGCGAUUAUUCAAGGUUUGAUUAUAGAUGCUUUUGGUGAGUUACGUGAUCAACUUGAAUCGGUUAAGGAAAAUAUGGAAUCAAAUUGUUUCAUAUGUGGCAUGGGAAAAGAUUUUUUUGAUAUAGUUCCUCACGGUUUUGAUACUCACGUGCAAAAGGAACAUAAUCUUGCAAAUUACAUGUUCUUCUUGAUGCAUCUAAUCAACAAACCGGAUACAGAAUACACUGGUCAGGAGACUUAUGUAUGGAAUAUGUAUCAACAGCGGAGUUGGGACUUCUUCCCAGUAGGUGAUUGCUUUCGUAAGCAGUAUGAAGACGAGCUGUCAGGAGGUGGUGGAGGUGGUUAAACAAAACUUUAAUUUAAAUGUUACAUAAUUGAGAAUACUUUAUAGAAUAUUUUAUUGAUGUUGCAAUUAGAACAAAAUUAAUUUAACUUAUCAGUGUUUCAAUCAUAAAUAAAAUAUUACAAUUUACUGUUUGUAAAUAAUUACUUUUUGUUGAAAGAUAAUAUUUUCUUGGAAUUAUAUUUUCUAUAUAUCUAAAGUUUUUAAUAAAACAAUAAUAUAUAGCGUAAUAUUUUAUUGUUUGCCGAAAAGAUUUGUGGUUAAAGAAAUCGUCUGUAUAACGAUUUUGAUAUCAAAUAAAAUAUGUGCACUGAGCUUAAGAAAAUCUA